AGAGGAACUUGGGUUUUCGGCGCAGCUGCACAUCAGUGAGAGUGGGGGAGAGGAGAGGCAGCCGAGCCAACAACUUCCAUAUUUGUUGCUCUCCUUCAACGAUUCUGCAAAUUUGGUUAUUGAUCCCCCCUUCUCUCCCCUUCUCUCUCUAGUGGUUAUUAUGUAAUUAUUCAACGGUUGCCUCCGCAGCUGGAGCCGCAGCUUGUGUUAUGCUGGUAGCACACUUGUGCAUUUGUGUGUGUCUGUGGUGAGCGCGCGCGUGUGUGUGUGUGAUUUUAUGUCCUUUCGCGCUUCAGCUGCGAACACAGAGCACAGUUGUCGGUGUGGACUCGGCCCAUACAGUCAUUGGUCUCCGAAGAGGAUCACAGUUGCGCUUUUCUUGAAGAGCUCGAUCUCUAGGAGUGAAAAAGAAGCGGGAGGCGCGAGCUGAGCUUCCGGGUGUUGUUUGGCUAGAGAAAGCGCUCGAGAAUGUCCUUGUAUGACUGGAGCCAAGUCUUUUCCGGUGUUUGGAGCACGGAAUUACUCCCGUUCUGAACUUGUUCCUGGUUUGUUUCCACCCUUUUGCCAAGGGGAGAAUUUUCUGGAUACUUUUGUGUGCAGAGAGGAUUGUUUUAUAUUAGAAAGAGAACGGAAAGCUUUAUUUUUCAAACAAGUCACUUUUACGCAGAGAUGUCUUCUCGCCGCGCUGUGGUUUUGUGAUCGCCCACCAGAGCGUCGAGAGCUCUUCACCGGGACCGAGUCUCACACAGUGGGUCACCAUGGCAACGGGAGUGGCGGCGUGGUUACCCUUCGCCCGGGCGGCUGCUAUAGGAUGGAUGCCGGUAGCCAGUGCUCCCAUGCCGACGCCCCCGCCGGACAACCGGCGGAAGCAGGACGGGCUCAUCUUGCUCAAUGUCAGCGGACAGAAGUUUCAGACGUGGCGGAAUACAUUGGAGCGGUACCCGGACACUUUACUGGGCAGCACGGAACGGGAAUUUUUCUUCCACGAGGAGACAAACGAAUACUUUUUCGACCGUGACCCGGAUAUUUUCAGACACAUUCUGAACUUCUAUCGUACCGGGAAGCUGCACUACCCGCGCCAGGAGUGCAUCUCGGCCUACGAUGAGGAGCUGGCCUUCUUUGGGAUCAUACCGGAGAUCAUAGGGGACUGUUGCUAUGAAGAGUACAAGGACCGGCGGCGGGAGAACCAGGAAAGGAUCCAGGAUGACGAGGACAGCGAGAACCAGAACGAUAUGGUCCCGCCGGAUAUGACAUUCCGAGAAACCAUGUGGCGGGCCUUCGAGAACCCCCACACGAGCACCAUGGCCCUGGUGUUUUAUUAUGUCACCGGCUUCUUCAUUGCUGUUUCCGUGAUGGCCAACGUGGUGGAGACGGUCCCGUGCGGGACUUUGCCAAAUCGGGUCAAACAGGUGUCGUGCGGGGAGCGGUACGCCUUGGCAUUUUUCUGUCUGGAUACGGCCUGCGUCAUGAUCUUCACCGUGGAGUACCUGCUGCGUCUAAUGGCGGCGCCCAGCCGCUGGAACUUCAUCAAGAGCGUGAUGAGCGUCAUCGAUGUGGUGGCCAUUAUGCCCUAUUACAUCGGCCUGGUCAUGACGGACAACGAGGACGUCAGCGGGGCCUUCGUCACCCUGAGGGUCUUCCGCGUUUUCAGGAUUUUCAAAUUCUCCCGUCACUCUGCGGGGCUGCGCAUCCUGGGCUACACGCUGAAGAGCUGCGCCUCGGAGCUGGGCUUCCUGCUCUUCUCCCUCACCAUGGCCAUCAUCAUCUUCGCCACUGUCAUGUUCUAUGCUGAGAAGGGCUCCUCAGCCAGCAAGUUCACCAGCAUCCCAGCAGCCUUCUGGUACACCAUCGUCACCAUGACAACUCUGGGGUAG